CGUCGACGCGGGGGUUUGCUUUGGCCGGAGUCCGCUAUCCCUGCUCCUGGGUAUCUGCGCUUUUGGCCCCGCGGUGCCUGGGGAGGAGGGUCGCUGUCGUCUGUUCGCAGACCGGCGCCGUUAGCAGGGCUUGGUGCUCGGAACAGCAGCCUUCACCUCCUUCGCAGCUUCUCUUCCGGGCCUAUCUGCUUCAGGGUCCCCGCGGAGCGGCUGCCCCCGUCCCGGACUUGGCCCGGAUCAGUCAGGGGCCCAUCCCCUCUCCGGGCUCGGAUGGGAGGCGGCGGGAGCAGCGGCCUGGGAUGUUCAGUCUGAUGGCCAAUUGCUGCAGCUGGCUCAAGCGGUGGCGGGAACCCGUCAGAAAGGUGACCCUUGUGAUGGUGGGACUUGAUAAUGCUGGUAAAACUGCAACAGCAAAGGGAAUCCAAGGAGAGCACCCUGAAGAUGUAGCUCCUACCGUUGGAUUUUCCAAAAUUGACCUUAGGCAAGGAAAAUUUGAAGUCACCAUCUUUGACUUGGGAGGUGGAAAGAGAAUUCGGGGAAUCUGGAAGAAUUACUAUGCUGAAUCCUAUGGAGUAAUAUUUGUUGUGGACUCCAGUGAUGAAGAGAGAAUGGAAGAGACAAAAGAGACAAUGUCGGAAGUCCUGAGACACCCCAGGAUAUCGGGAAAGCCUAUACUGGUGUUAGCGAAUAAGCAAGACAAGGAAGGGGCUUUAGGAGAAGCUGAUGUGAUUGAAUGUCUGUCUCUGGAAAAAUUGGUCAAUGAGCACAAGUGCCUAUGUCAGAUAGAACCUUGUUCAGCAGUCUUGGGGUAUGGAAAGAAAAUUGACAAGUCCAUUAAAAAAGGCCUUUACUGGCUCCUACAUAUCAUUGCAAGAGACUUUGAUGCCUUAAAUGAACGCAUCCAGAAAGAUACAACAGAACAACGUGCUCUUGAGGAGCAAGAGAAAAGAGAAAGGGCUGAACGAGUGCGAAAAUUGCGAGAAGAAAGGGAAGAAAGAGAACGAGAUCAGGCUGAACUGGAUGGAAACGGUGGUCUUGCUGAGUUGGACCCAGAACCGAUUACUGUUAAUCCUUUCCAGCCAAUAGCGUCUGUGAUCAUUGAGAAUGAAAAGAAACUUGAAAAAAAGAGGCAGAAGAUAGAGAAAGACAGCGAUGGCUGCCCCCUGAAGCAUAAAAUGGAGCAUGAACAAAUAGAGACCCAGAGCCACAUCAGUGACAGUAGCCAAAAAAACAGUGAGUUUGGAAUAGCAGAAAAUUACAAGGAAGCAUUAACUCAGCAGUUGGAGAAUGAAGAUGAGACAGACCAGCAGUCUUCAGAAUCAGAUAACAGUAAAAGGAAAACUAAAAAACUAAGAAUAAAAAGGAGUCACCGGGUAGAGCCCGUUAACACAGAUGACACUGCUCCUAAGAGUGCAACACCACCCCCCCCUCCUCCUCCUGUUGGCUGGGGCACCCCCAAAGUCACUAGACUUCCAAAACUUGAGCCUCUUGGUGAAACACGUCAUAAUGAUUUCUAUGGGAAGCCACUCCCUCCUCUGGUUGUACGACAGAAACCCAACAGCGAUGCCCAUGACGUGAUCUCAUAACCAAGUCCACGUGGAUGAGCGUUCUUUAUAUCGGCGAGAUGAGGUGGAGGGCAUUCUUCUUCCUCAAAGAAGAAUAACCCUGAGCAUUGACAACUGGCAAAAUAACCACAGCGAUUUUAGCGGGGAGUUUAAGAUUACCGGCCACCGCCCUAAAUGAUCUAAUAAUUACUCAUCGUGUUCUUCAUGGUUAAAAAAGAAAGGAGGUAAAAUGAACAGUGUGAGGGAUGAGCAUCUGGAUCAAGUUGGCAAGAUGUAGUGUUGACUCUCUGGUUUACGCGUCCCCGCCCCUGGGCGUAUUCCUGACGGAAAACCUCUUCAGAAAAAGAGCUAAUGGACUCCCUGCUUUCUUUACUAUUUAAUAGCCUCUGUUUCUGUCUGUUAGACUAUUUUUGGUAAGUUUCAUGUGCAUGUAGAGGAAGCUCUUGGGAAUUUAUAACCUAAAUUUUUUAACUAUUUUUAUAUUUUUCUAAAACUUGUAUUUAAAAGUUUUAAUUACUGUAAUAUUGAUUGUGUACUUUCCUAUAGAUGCUUUUUUUAAAAUUGUGUCUGGAAAAUAGAAUUGAUUUACUUGACAGCUGUUAACUAUAUGAACAGGAUAUAUUUACGCCUUGUAGUAUUCUUGAAGUAUGCAUCCUAAUUUGACCUAAUUUUAAAAUAUUAGCUUUUUUAAAUAGAUUUUAUGAACUUUAUUCUACCAAAUUAUGUUAUUUGAAAGCACUACCCAAGGAUAGAGUUCAAUUUUAUUUUUGUUGUUGUUAAACUGUUUUCUUAUUUUAAUAAACGAAAGAGAUUUGAAAUACCUUUUUGACCUAAAUGUUUUUUAAAUGAAUAAAAAUAUUAUAUGAAAUAGUACUAAAAAUUGCAGUAAAUACCUAUUUUAAAUUCAGAGAUCAAGGCGCUCCUCGUCACCACCUUGUUCUGUCAGAAGCUAUAGAAACUCUUAGGUCACCCCAAUUCUGUCUUAAGUUUUACAACCAGGAAGUAGCUUGGGUACUGAAGCAAUAAGAAUAAAAAUAUUCAAAAAUUACUUUUAUAAAGAAAUAAUUCCAAAAUAAUUUCUUAAUUUAAAAUAAUAGCACUUGCACUUAAGAAUGGCAUCCAUAGGAUUCUCUGUCUGGCAUAUAGACAAAUUUAUGUAUAUGUAUUUUUUUUUCUUGAGUAAUAGAUGUAUAACAUUGCCUUUAACUAAAUGCAUACUUUUUGUCAAGCUGAAAUUACUAUGAAGAGAAUGAUUUUUAUAUUACCUCGUUAAAACUGGUCGGCUUGGUAACUUAUGCUAACGACCGACAUGUACUGGUAUCUGAUGAUAGCAUUAGUAAGUACUUCUAAAGCAGUGUCAUAUGACUACUUAAUAGCAUCACAUUUUAUUCACAUUUUUAAAACUCACUAAAUUUUUAUUAAUCAGGUCACUUAUAACGCUAGUCAGCAUGAUACACAGUUUCUUGUAGUUUUGUUGUACACUCGGCCUACUUAGCUCACCAAGUGAGGGAAAAAAGCAUUCUACUUCAGAUAAAAAAUCCGUAGCAAUCUAAAUUUGAUAAAAAAAAAAUUUGAUAGAUGGCUGAAAUGUAACACGGCAAAACAGGAAUUACAUUUUGAAAUGGAUUUUGGAGAAAAAAAUUAUUUGUAUAUCUUUUGAUUCCUUUGUAACAUUUACAUUUAUUUAUUCACUUUUUUAACUAAACUCAUACUUUUGCCAUCUUUUUAUAUUCAUCUAGUUUGAGAGUGUGAUUUAAAAAAAAAUUUUGUUUCCUACUAAUGUUCUGAUAUACAGUAAUUGCUACAAGUCCAUUUAAUACAAAUAACAAUGAUUUUGAAAUUAUAUAUGUGACAAAAUGGAAUAAAUGUUUUCUAUAAAGUAUCUCAUAAAAUUAAUUUGUAUCCUUAAAGCCUUCUAAAAAUACUUUAAAAGCUCUUUUGUAAAUCCAGGUGGAUUUUAAUAAUCAAAUGCCUUUUUUGUUAUAUGCUGCAGGUUUAUUCUUAAUGAUCAUGAAUUAUAACAUUUUUACACAAUAAAAAUAAUUUAUACCA